UUAUUCAUUUAAAAUUUAAACAUUUGAAUAAUUAUUUUUUAAAUUGUUAUUUUCUAAAAAUUAUUGUAAUGCAUUUAAAAACUAUACUAAUCUUUUGUGCAGUAUGUUUUUUUACCGAUACAUUGAGUGACGGACUUAAUGCAAUCCAAAUACAAUGCUUGCAAAUAUUGGUAAAAAAUUAUAAUGAUAAAGAAAUGGUAAAAAAAGUGAUAAAAGCUUUUAAUGUCAAUGAAGAAUACGAUUAUAACACUGAAGAUAAUGAAUGUAAAAGAGUUUACGAGAUUCUAUACUUUAUGCAUCAAUAUGAUAAGGCGGGUGAUGGUAUAACUCUACCUGGUGAUCAAAAAGAAAUAAUAAAACUUGAUAAAAAUGAGUUAGAAAGAGUGUUCGGUCAUUAUUGUGAAAUUGGCUUAGAAGACAUUGGUUUUAUAGACUAUAAGUAUUACCUUAAGUUGAUUGAUUCAAUUGGCUACAGUAGUCUUAUUAAAAAUAAUGAUUUACUGAAUAAUUGGAAGAGUACCAUUCAGGAAGAACAUAAAUACGAUUUAGGCGAUGUAAUGAUAAAAUUAUUAGAGUACCAGUCACAAUUUUAUGAUCUAAGAUUUGGUAAAAUGGAAGAUCUGGAAAUGUUCGACGAAUUUAUUAAAUAUAGCAUACGUGAUGACACUUCUGAUCAAAAAAUGCCUAAAUUACAAUUACUAUUAAAUUGUUUUUUAGUACAUUUGUAGAAAAACCCACUAACAUUGUUUUUUGAAAGGUGUCUCAGUUAAAUUUUAUUAUAUGUCAAGUUCAUAUUGGCGUCUACUUUAUUGCAUAUUGUUAUAAAUAUUUAACACACUUAUAAAAAAGUUUAAUCAUAAUUUUGUUCUUAAAACAGCAUUUAAAAGGAAAAUGUCAUAUUAAUAGUUUAAAACAAUCUACUAAACAGUUUGGACUCAUAACCUUUUAUCCACCCACAAUCCAUUUUUAACUUGUAGAUAUAUUUUUACUAUUUGUUUUCAUGCUAGUCGAUUGCACGUAGUUAUUCAAAUAUGUAUAUUGUGUUACCUAUUCAAAAAUAAUAGGUAUUACAUUUUAAUGUACUUCACAAUUUAUAUGUCAUAUAUUCAAAAUGUAAUUUUUAAUACUAAUAUAAAAUUUUAAAAAAUUCUAA